CGCGGCGCCAGCCCCGUGCGCGCCUGCUUGGCCGCCUCGCUCCCCGCCGCCGGAGCAGAGCCGCCCCAGCCGCCGCGCCUCGUCCCCGCGGGUCACCAUGUGGAGCAGCGGCGGCGGCAGGCGAAGGGCCGGCCGGCUCCCCCGCGCCGCCUCUGCCGCAGACAUGGAGAAAAUCAGGGUGCGCAAUUCCUGGGUACCCGCUUGUCUGUGGCAGCCUCGAAUUCUCCAGGGCAGGCUGGCCAAGUCCUCCCCCGCUCUCUGGGACAGCACUCUACAAGAGCAGAAGGGAGAAUUGCGGAAACGUCUCUCCUACACCACCCACAAGCUGGAGAAACUUGAAACUGAAUUUGAUUCCACACGGCACUACUUGGAAAUAGAAUUGCGGCGGGCUCAGGAGGAGCUGGAGAAAGUUACUGAGAAACUGAGAAGAAUACAAAACAACUACUUAGCCUUACAGAGGAUUAACCAGGAGCUGGAAGACAAGUUAUAUCGAAUGGGUCAACACUACGAAGAGGAGAAAAGGGCCCUGAGCCAUGAGAUUGUAGCCCUCAACAACCACCUCCUAGAAGCCAAGGUGACAAUAGAUAAGUUGUCAGAGGACAAUGAACUCUAUAGGAAGGACUGCAAUCUAGCUGCUCAGCUGCUUCAGUGCAGCAAGACCUACGACAGGUCCCACACGGUGUCAGAGCUGCCUUCUGACUUUCAGGAGCGGGUCAGCCUCCACAUGGAAAAACAUGGCUGCGGCCUGCCGGCCCCCCUCUGCCACCCGUCCUUUGCCGACACCAUCCCCACGUGCGUCAUUUCCCAGGUCCUGGAGAAGCCCGACCCUAGUAGCCUGUCCUCCCACCUGUCCAAUGCCUCCGCCAGGGACCUGGCCUUCCGGGACGCGGCCGACAAAGCCAGCCCUCGAACCCAGUUCAAGUCAGACAUCUACUGCAGCGACACAGCCCUGUACUGCCCCGAGGAACGCCGGAGGGACCGUCGGCCGAGCAUGGACAUGCAGGUGAAGGAUGUGGGCUUUCUCCGGUCCCAGCACUCCACCGACAGCACGGCCGAGGAAGAUGGUUUCCACUCGAGCUUCUCCCAUGAGGCCUUCCCUGAGUAUGUGGCCUCCCUGCCCACCUCCAGCUCCUAUUCCAGCUUCAGCGUGACCUCGGAGGAGAAGGAGCACGCCCAGGCCAGCACGCUAACAGCAUCUCAACAGGCAAUCUAUCUGAAUAGCCGGGAUGAGAUCUUCAACCGCCAGGCCAGCGCUGCCUAUGAGCGGCCCUGCAGCCCCUGCUUUGCCACAGUGCAGCCGCCGCAGCACGUGGAACUGGGCCCAGAGGGUCAGGCCACACCCCCUUUUGUCAGGACGAUGUCCCCAUACGCCGGGGAUCCCUACCGCUUCCCUGCCACCCUGGAGGCCCAGCAAGCCCUGGUGGCCCAGAAGCUUCGGAGCGAAAGCCGUGGUGCCCACCGCUCAGAUGAAGAGCUGCCAGGCCGGUGGAGGCCUCUGACCGUCGAAGACAUCGGUGCCUACUCCUACCCCGAGGCUGGCCGCAUCUCCCCCCACAGCUUCCCUGAGCAGUACUUUGCUGGCAGUCCUGGCAAAAAGGCAGAUAGCCGGGCCAGCCCCAUCUACCCAAGUUAUAAGACAGACAGUUUCUCAGAGGGAGAUGACCUCUCCCAGAACCAGCUGGUAGACUCCUGCUUCCUGCCUGAGGACAGCAACAUGAAUCUGAACAUAAGCCCUGGCCGCCCACCAGACCAACUCCCUGCCUAUGCGCCCAGUGAGGCCAGUAGUGAGAGGCUCACAGUUCAGAUGUGUGGGGAUGGCAGGGUAAGCCCCGUCCCUGAGGGAAGUCCCAGACUGGGGGGCAGCUAUGCCAAUGUGAGCCCCGCAAGCUCAGCUGGCUCCCUCGAGCCAAGUUCCAUGGAAGCAUCCCCAGAAAUCCACCUGUCUUCCAAGGAGCCAGGCCUCCACUCAUCCAUCCACAGCAAACAGCAACAGUUCCAACGGACUCCGAGCACCGGCCUCAGCCGGAAGGACAGUCUGACCAAAGCACAGUUCUAUGGGACCCUCCUCAAUUGAGCCUCCCCCAGAAUGCAAUAAGGAUCACAUAUGGAAUGCUUGGGCCAACCUAUACCAGAGUGCAGCAAGUGAGAGAGAGAGAGUGAGAGAGAAGAGAGAAAGAGAAAGGGAGUGAACAUUUCCUCCAGUUCCCCACUCCCACCCAUUUGCCCCUGGGGAUAAUGUUUGCAGCACCAAGAGCAUUUUUUUCACACAAACAUCUUUUCCACCUAUGAGAUGAACCCCCUUUUAUAGAUCUAAACUAUUUUUAUAAAGAAAAGUGGUAUUUAUUAAUACACAGCCUCCAGCUCUCUGGACAGUGAGCUGUCUUUUCCCUUUGAGUGCAUUUUCAAACAAAAAUCUCCUUUAUUUUUCUGCAUGAGGGCCAUUUGUGCCUACCUCUUGGAUGGAAAGGAUGGAGCCACUGCAGUAGAGAAACACACACACACACACACACACACACACACACACACACACGAUAGAAAAUUCCACAAACCACAGAACAAAGCAAUCCCAGGAACUGUCCUGAGUAAAACUUGAAAGGAAAGGGAAUUGAAAAGGGGCAGGGCAGGGGGGAGGGGAGAGUCUAUUUUUAAAAGUAUAUAAGAGACAAGCCCCAAGGUCUUUCAUAUAUUCUAUUUCUGAGUGAAACCUGACUUCACAAAGUGAGGCAGGUAUUUUGUUCUCCCAGCCCAUCGUGUUUCUGCUUUCCUAUUCUCAGUUGUCUACUACCUCAAGCAUAAUUGAGGUGUUCUUUGUCACCUAUUUUCUGUAGGCUUGCGUUUAUAUCGUCCAUGAUGCAUGCAGUGUCCCAAUUAGUACUGUAUUUUGCAUUACUUAAUAAAAGAAAC